AUGGACGACAACCGGUAUGUAAACUCCAAUACUGCAUUUGUUCUAAUAGAGUCUAACGGGAAAACAUCUGCGCCAGGUGUUUUUCUAUCCCGCUCCAUUGCACGACUCAGUCUGGGUGGGGACAUUUUUACGACAUGA